AUGGCACGGGUUUGGGAACCCUCAGAGACCUUGCGUCCAGAGCAGAAGGCCCCCACCAUUUGCCUGCAGAGACCACGAGAUGGGGAGCACUGGCAGCAGUUUCAGCAAGAGUUGGGCCAUUGGUUCCAAGCUUUGAAGUGGCUCAUCAAGGAGUUCCGUCUUCAUAUUGGCUACGAGACGCCAGAUGAGGAGGCUGGUAUCCGCUUUUGGUUGGAGCAGAUUUCGAAGCGGCGCAGAAGCCGAGAUUUGAUUCCAUCAGACCCGAGCAGUUGGCUUUGGCCGACGGCGGACGAGCCGGUGAUGCGUGCCACGAAGCUCGAGGUGCAACAAGCUCGAAGUUGGACGCUCGAAGACUUGGAACGUGUCAUGACGAGGUUCUUCGACCUAAGACGACGGAUUUGUCCCAAGACGCCCAUUCUGGUUCCUUUGAAUGAGCUUCGGCUUCACUCCGUGCAGACGCAAUGCUCCUCCACACCAGAGCAAAUUCGCCUACACUUGAAGGAGGUGCAUGUCGCGACGGGUGCGGCAAAAAUGCAAGAGCUGUGGAUCGUGAUCCUGAGGCUGAAGGCCUUGUCACGAGAAGUGCAAGAGCGGCUGUAUCCCAGGUCCCCGGCGGCCAGCAGACACACCUUGUUGCCCGAUGAUAUGUUGGUCUCGCGCCUGAUCGACCUGGCCAUUCUUUGUGAUGGCAAUCCUCAAAAUGCCUCAGCGGAUGUGACGGGAACGUCAGCGGAGCUGGGCGGACGACUGGGUGGGACUUGGUGCGAAGGACUCCAUGACUUGGAGGAGCUGAAUUUGGUGAAUUUUUGGCAGAAACUGAAGGACAAGGAAUCCUUUGGAUUAGGCUCUGCACCAGGGCGUGUCUUUAAAGCUGUCCAGGAGCGGCUCUCGGGGCGAGCCUUGGCGGAGCGUGUCUCCGAAGCCUUUACGAAGAAGUUCGGCUACGAAACCUUGGACAUGAAAGUCGUGUUCAACUUUUGGCUCAGCAUGCCCAGUGCCGUCCGCUCGGCCUGUCACGUUGGGAGGCGGCAUUGUAGGUCCUGA